AUUGCAGUCCUCUAUUUCCUAAGGUUAAACUUCGCACUUGGUAGCAAGCCUGCGGGAGGCUGCACCGCCAUCUCCGCCAGGGCGGGACGCAGGGGUGGCCGGGAAGGGGGCGGAGCCCGGAACCUGAACACGCACUUCCGCGUGAGGGUCUCCCGCCAGCCAAUCACUCCUGACGCCCCGCCCCUUCCGCGCUGGGAAAAACGGACCUGCCAGUGUCUUCCGGCGGAGCUGUGCGGCUCCUUACCAUGGGGACAAUUCAUCUCUUUCGAAAGCCACAAAGAUCAUUUUUUGGAAAAUUAUUACAUGAAUUUAGACUUGUAGCAGCUGACCGACGGUCCUGGAAGAUCCUGCUCUUUGGUGCAAUAAACUUGAUAUGUACUGCCUUCCUGCUUAUGUGGUGCAGCUCUACUAACAGUAUAGCUUUGACUGCCUAUACCUACCUGACCAUUUUUGAUCUUUUUAGUUUAAUAACAUGUUUAAUAAGUUACUGGGUAAUGAUGAGGAAACCCAGCCCUGUCUAUUCAUUUGGGUUUGAGAGGUUAGAAGUGCUGGCUGUCUUUGCCUCCACAGUCUUGGCACAGUUGGGAGCUCUCUUUAUACUGAAAGAAAGUGCAGAACGCUUUUUGGAGCAGCCUGAGAUUCACACGGGAAGAUUAUUGGUUGGCACUUUUGUGGCUCUCUCUUUCAACCUGUUCACGAUGCUUUCUGUUCGGAAUAAACCUUUCGCCUAUGUCUCUGAAGCUGCCAGUACGAGCUGGCUUCAGGAGCACGUUGCAGAUCUGAGUCGAAGCUUGUGUGGAAUUAUUCCAGGACUCAGCAGCAUCUUCCUUCCCCGAAUGAAUCCCUUCGUUCUGAUUGACCUUGCUGGAGCAUUUGCUCUUUGUAUUACGUAUAUGCUGAUUGAAAUUAAUAAUUACUUUGCCGUGGACACCGCCUCUGCGAUAGCCAUUGCCCUGAUGACCUUUGGCACCAUGUACCCCAUGAGUGUGUACAGUGGGAAAGUGCUGCUCCAGACAACACCUCCCCAUGUGAUCGGCCAGUUGGACAAACUUAUCAGAGAGGUGUCUACUUUGGAUGGAGUUUUAGAAGUCCGAAAUGAACAUUUUUGGACCCUUGGUUUUGGCUCAUUGGCUGGGUCAGUGCACGUGCGAAUUCGGCGGGAUGCAAAUGAACAGAUGGUUCUCGCUCACGUGACCAACAGACUCUACACGCUAGUAUCCACUCUGACUGUUCAGAUUUUUAAGGAUGACUGGAACAGGCCUGCCUUACUGUCCGGACCCGUGGCAGCCAGUGUCCUGAACCUGCCCGAUCAUCACGUCGUCCCCAUGCCGCUUCUCAAGGGCUCGGACGAGCUGAACCCUGUCACGUCGACUCCAGCGAAACCCAGCAGUCCCCCACCAGAAUUCUCCUUCAAUACCCCAGGAAAAAACGUGAACCCAGUCCUGCUUCUGAACACGCAAGCAAGACCUUAUGGUUUGGGUCUUAAUCACGGACACAGCCCUUACAGCAGCUUGCUUCAUCCAGGACUUAGAGUUCCCGGAAUUGGAGCAACGCAAGGAUUCAGGACUGGUUACGCCAACCUUCCAAGUAGAUCUGGAAUGAACAACAACAGGCUUGGGCCGCCAAGACCGUGAUGUGCUCUGACUUGAUUUUGAUAAGGAACCCUGACUCCUCGGCCUCAGAUGAAGUCAGCUCCACACUGACUGUUCAGUCAUGUACUCAGAUUGUUAGACACUCGUUGGCUUGUCACAUUUCAUGAAAUCUAUAAACUAUUUUUAUAAGAUGUAUUUGUGGCAGUGAGAUCCUUAUAAGUGUCAUAGGCUCUUAAGAGGCUUCCUUUCGAAGGCGGUUUUCUCUGAAUUUGAACUUUGCUGUCUUUGCUUUUGUAGUUGACAGUGGUGUAACACACCUUUCUAAAAACGGUCUUUGACGGACUAGAUCUGUCAGUAGAAUGUGAUGUUUUCUUCAGCGGGAUUUACAAACCUACUUCUUGAAUAUUGUGCAUUUAAGGAAAGGUAAACGAAUGUCCAUGCAAAAAGAAAGCAUCUCUUUUAUAGGUUUUCUAAGUUUAAAUGCUGUACUUUUCUUUUGAGAUCCUUCUGGGUUAUGUCUUGCAGAGGAAAGGCAAAAAUUUUUUAUCAAGAAAUUUUCAAUACGUUGUCCUAUGUGAUACAAUAUAAGUUUUUUACUAUAGGACUUUUGUUGAAGUUUUCCUCAUUUAAGAUUUCAGUACAUUUGUACAUAGUGUGGUUCCCAGUGUUUAUUUUGGUGAAAUGAAAACCAAAUAUGUGAGGAUGUGCAACAAGGAAGUCACAGUUUUCUAUGUUCUAUUUAUAAUCAAAUACUAACAUAAUGAUGGAAUUUAUCUUUUUGUCACAUUUCCAUCGGUUGCUGACUUUAUAAGUAACUACAUAGAAUAUUUUAUAAAAUUCCAUACAUAAUAUGGAAUUGGAUAUAUAUUUUUUAAGUUGCAUACAGCAUUUGACAUUACCUAAUUUCAUCAAAACAAAAAGGACCUUACAGAGUGUGGUGGUAGAUAUGCUGUGAGAAGUGUCUGAUUUCUUGUUUGAAUUAUUAACUGUAAUGAAGUGGGAGAAUCCGCCAGGUUAUUUUUCAGUGGAUUUUACUCUUAGCACUUUCUAACAAGGUCAGUAUUUUCCAAAAACAUAAGCCACAGCAGUUGCACAUCACCCGGGAAACUGUCUCGUUUUAUCAAGAGGUUUAUAAGGAGGGAUUUAGAAAGAGGUUUUGAAAAUGGAUCCAGUAAGUUCUUAAAGUCCACUAUUCCUGGAGUUUUAUCAUUUGCCCUGCGGGAGGCAGCUCUCUGGAGAUUUUUGGGUUGUUUUUUUAAUAGAGUUUGUACCAGCUUCUUCAGUUCACACAUCCUUUCAAUAGGAGCGACACUUCCAAAUCCUGUUUUUCCACACCGGAACACGAGCGUCGUGCCAGCCAUCUGCCAAGCAGAACUGGAAUCACCUAUGGAGUCAGUGAUCCCAUUGUAAAUGCCUUCUGCUUUGUGAGAACUUGGUCGUCUUGGCACCUGCAACCCUGUCGGGACAUUUGCCAUG